CACGGCCUUUUGAGCCGUCAUUUGAGUCGCGACAUUGUUGCGCGACAAAUAACUUUUUAUUUGCAACGAAUCUUGAACGAUCUAUGAUUCACUUCUACCAUGUUGACGCCAAUAUCUCACGGGCUCUGCCCAACGUCAUCAUGGGCACACCUUGGACUUAUAUGCUUGGCCGGCGGACGGCCCCGAAAACAGUCUCGCAACGCAAACAUACACGAGUUCAGCAACAACUCUUUUUCUUCUACCUCAACUUCUUGGGUUCACCAUCGGAGUUUUUCAAGGGCCUGGCGAUUUCUGCAUACCGGAUUAGACAGACUUUCAUCCCUUAAUGUUUCAAUGAACCGGCGGGGCUGGCGCACCGCCCUGCCGGCUGGCAUUCCACGGCUACAACCUUCAACUGAAACACUUUCACCAUUGUCCUGCGCACCUUGCUCUAACGGCUUUGCAGCUUGUUCGAGCAGUGGUCCACGGACACCACGAACGGCGCUCUUUAUACUUUCCUGCUUCGCUUCUUUGCCUUCGUGUUUUCUUGAGAUACCCCAUCGUUGCUAAGCAAUCCUCGUUGUAUUGCGAAGCGAGGUUGUCUUGCCAAAGACUACCCGCCCAGUACAAACAACCAACAGCAUCUUCACCGAAGCUGUUGUCACAUGCAGAGAAGUCCCAAGAUCUCUUGGUUUCUUGCCGGACCCCCAUUUCUUCUUC